ACUGGCCGAGUGAGGGCGGAGAUCGCCGAGUGCCGGGCGGAAGUGACCGAGGGGUGACGGAGAUCCCCGAGUGCCGGGCGGAAGUGGCCGAGGGGUGACGGAGAUCCCCGAGCGCCAGGCGGAAGUGGCCGAGGGGUGACGGAGAUCCCCGAGCGCCAGGCGGAAGUGGCCGAGGGGUGACGGAGAUUCCCGAGCGCGGGGCGGAAGUGGCCGAGCGGGAGGCGCCGCGGCCUGUGCGGGAGCGAGGCAGGGGCCGCGAUGUCCGACUUCGACGAGUUCGAGCGGCAGCUCAACGAGAACAAGCAAGAGCGCGACAAGGAGAACCGUCACCGGAAGCGCAGCCAUAGCCGCUCGCGGAGCCGCGAACGGAAACGCCGCAGCCGCAGCCGGGAGAGGCGCAACAGAGACCAGCGCAGUGUCUCGCGGGACCGCAGGCGACGCAGGAAGAACCAAGAAUUAACAACAACAACAACAACACAAGUAUGUGUUGGGAGGUCACCCCUAAAUCUCGCUGGUCCCUUGAGCCGCUCCCCCCGCCAUGAGAAGAAGAAGAAGAUCCGCAAGUACUGGGACGUGCCCCCGCCUGGGUUUGAGCACAUCACCCCCAUGCAGUACAAAGCCAUGCAAGCCGCGGGUCAGAUUCCAGCCACAGCUCUCCUCCCAACCAUGACCCCUGACGGAUUGGCCGUGACCCCCACCCCGGUCCCGGUGGUUGGCAGCCAGAUGACCCGACAGGCCCGCCGCCUCUACGUUGGAAAUAUCCCCUUCGGCAUCACUGAGGAGGCCAUGAUGGAUUUCUUUAACGCUCAGAUGCGUCUUGGAGGGCUGACCCAGGCCCCUGGCAACCCUGUCUUGGCUGUGCAGAUCAAUCAGGACAAGAACUUUGCUUUCCUGGAGUUCCGCUCUGUGGACGAGACCACCCAGGCCAUGGCAUUCGACGGCAUCAUCUUCCAGGGGCAGUCGCUGAAGAUCCGCCGCCCCCAUGAUUAUCAGCCGCUGCCCGGCAUGUCUGAGAACCCAUCUGUCUACGUGCCAGGCGUGGUGUCCACCGUGGUCCCGGACUCAGCUCACAAGCUCUUCAUUGGGGGUUUGCCCAACUACCUGAACGACGAUCAGGUGAAGGAGCUGCUGACUUCUUUUGGGCCCCUGAAGGCCUUCAACCUGGUGAAGGACAGCGCCACCGGGCUGUCCAAGGGUUACGCCUUCUGCGAGUACGUGGACAUCAACGUCACAGACCAGAUUUCGAAGGCCAUCGCCGGGCUGAACGGCAUGCAACUGGGCGACAAGAAACUGCUGGUGCAGAGAGCCAGCGUCGGAGCCAAGAACGCCACGCUGAGCACGAUAAACCAGACCCCGGUGACGCUGCAGGUGCCCGGGCUGAUGAGCUCGCAGGUGCAGAUGGGCGGGCACCCCACCGAGGUGCUGUGCCUCAUGAACAUGGUGCUGCCCGAGGAGCUGCUCGACGACGAGGAGUAUGAGGAGAUUGUGGAGGACGUGCGGGACGAGUGCAGCAAGUACGGGGUGGUCAAAUCCAUCGAGAUCCCCCGGCCUGUUGACGGCGUCGAGGUGCCUGGCUGCGGCAAGAUCUUCGUGGAAUUCACCUCGGUCUUCGACUGCCAGAAGGCCAUGCAGGGCCUCACCGGCCGCAAGUUCGCCAACAGAGUGGUGGUGACCAAGUACUGCGACCCCGACUCCUACCACCGCCGCGACUUCUGGUAGCCGCCGGGCCGGGCCAGGCCGGCCCUUCGCCCACGCGGCGGGUUUCUAUUUUAUGGCCAAAAUGGUUUGGUUUUGUUUUUUUCCAAUUGUUUUCUGCCCCCUCCCCAAAAAGAAAUACCCCCCCCCCCCGAUUUCCCAGCUGACGGCUGCCAGUGAUGGUUAUUCCAUAGUAGAGACGUCUCCUUGCGCCUUUCUCUCUGUGCCGUUGCGUAUUGGCUGAGAAGGAUCUCCUCGUUCGGCACCCCCCCCCCCGCCUGUUCUGUUAUCCCCCCCUCGGUGUGCGUAUGGAGUGUGCCCUCCCCCCCCUUUUAUUUCCCGUCGUAAUUAAACACUUUUUCCAGUC